AUGUCAAAAAGAAACUAUACAUCAACUCCAUUACAAGAUAUUAAUCACACUUCAUCAUCUGAUUCUAUUGUUUCACCAAGCUCAAAAAGACAAAGAACUGGUAACGAUGCUACAAAUAACACAUUUAAACCAUCCAAAGAAGACAUUGAAUGGGUUAAAUCAAUAACAUCAAGAUUCGAUUCGUCGUCAUCGUUAGAAAUUCCCUUUUCAACAUUUUUAAAUUAUGAAGAAGAUGAAGUUGGAAAAAAAGAAGGAAAAAAGGACCAAUCUAAGGAUGAUGAAGAAGGUGAAGGUGAAAAGCAAGAUAAACAAGUGAAAGUUGUUUAUGAAACAGGUGAUGAUGAAGAUUCACAAGAAAAUCCACAAGGUAAUUAUGAAGAUAUUCCAAAGGAAAAUUUACUAGAUAAUGAAAAAGGUUAUGAAAAAGAUAAUGAAGAUGAUGAUGAUGAUAAAGAUGAUUAUGAUGAUGAUGAUGAUGAUGAUGAUGAUUUACAAGGUUUUUAUAAAUGGAGCGUUAAUGAUUCAAGAAAAGAUAACGAUGAAAAUAAUAAAGAAGAAGAUGAUGAUGAUGAAGAAGAUGAUGAUGAUUUACAAGGUUUUUAUAAAUGGAGCGUUAAUGAUUCAAGAAAAGAUAAUGAUGAAAAUAAUAAAGAAGAAGAUGAUGAUGAUGAAGAAGAAGAUGAUGAUGAUGAUGAAGAAGAUGAUGAUGAUUUACAAGGUUUUUAUAAAUGGAGCGUUAAUGAUUCAAGAAAAGAUAAUGAUGAAAAUAAUAAAGAAGAAGAAGAAGAAGAUGAUGAUGAUGAUGAUGAUUUACAAGGUUUUAACAAAUGGAGUGUUAAUUCAAUGUUUGCUAAAUUUAAACAAAUUACAAAAGAUCAAUUUCUUUCAAAAAAAUGA